AUGAUUCUAGGCUCAAAUUACAACAAAAAAAAAAUUCAAACUAUGGAAGUUUUUCCUAGUAUAGUAAAUGGUGUCAUCAUACCCUAUGUUGACUCAGCAAAGUUUUUGGGGGUCCAUAUAAAUCGAAAUUUGUCCUGGAAAAUUCACGCCUCUCUUAAAGUAAGUAAAAAUAUUUAUGCAACUGAAAUUAGGAAAUAA